CUUGUGAACCCCUAUUCGUCUCUACCUUAUUUCAAUGAGAGAAGAAAGACGACGACGGUCCAGAUAGUAGACAGCCCAUGCGAACGAACAUCGUGGCGUCGAGGAGGUCUACUGCUUCUGGUAUCGAUACUAUUCUCGCCGUUCCAUUUCUGCUAGUAGUUUUCUUUGGUACGAGGUUCGCCGAACACUGCUCUCUUCACGCGUUCUCUCUCGACGGAAUGCGUGCAGCACGAGCGCUAAAAGUAGCGGACACUUAUUCACUUUCCCGGCGGUUUUCUUGCCCACUUCGACCUUUCUUUGGAACUGCUUUUCCGUCUACUAACAGUAGAGCGGCUUUGCCGACAAGCUCACCAUUACCGUCGUUAACCUGGCUUCGAAGCUCAUCAUCCGCACAUUCUACAGAAAGCGGUCAAGCACCACAAGUAUCCAUAUCGAAAUCCUUCAAUCCAGCCGCGCUGAAUGUCGACAAUCUGGCUUCCGAUAUGGCACCGGAUCACUACUCACCGUACGAGCAAUGGGUACGACGUCUGUACAUGACAAACCUCUUCCACCCGGUCAAAUUGGGCCUCGACAAUAUUGAGCAGCUCCAUCGCGUGCUGGGAUUUCCCAUGGACGACCCCAACGUAACGGUUGUACACAUUGCGGGAACCAACGGCAAAGGAAGUGUCGCGUUGAAAAUAGCCAAGACUCUGGAAUUGGCCGAUCCAACGCGAAAAGUGGGACUCUUUUGUUCCCCUCACAUUUCCAGUUUUCGGGAGCGCAUGCAAGUCAACGGCGAACUCAUAACUGAAAACGAAGUCGUUGAGUUCUUACCGGAAAUCUACCGAAUGUGUCAGGAACACGAUAUUCCAGCCACUUUUUUUGAAAUAACAACGGCUCUGGCGUUUCGCUUUUUCCAUGCCCGUGGAGCUGAUGCAGUUGUACUCGAAACGGGCUUGGGAGGACGACUCGAUGCGACCAACGUGAUAAAAAAUCCAGCCAUUUCCAUUAUCACUUCCAUUGGUCUAGAGCAUACUCGUAUUCUCGGUGAUACAGUCGAGCUAAUUGCAAGGGAAAAAGCCGGAAUUAUUAAGCCCGGAAGGCCGGUCCUUGUGGGGCCGAAUGUACCAGACGCAGUUACCCGGGAAUGCGCCGCCGAAAAACAAUCCGGUCCGUACUACACCGUUCCGGAUAUUCUGGGAGCGGAUUUGUUGGAUAAGCUGACUACCCAGGAAGUUCUGGACUACGAUUUAGAAAAUGCACGAAUAGCUCGAGCCGGUUUGAAAAUACUGGAAACCGAGUUUCCGAAAAAGAUCACAGAUAUUUCAGAGGAUGUACUGCAACAAGGAACUUCCACUAGACCCCCAUGUCGAUUUGAGCAUGUGGACUGUGGAGAUGGGUUGACAGUUAUUCUGGAUGUAGCACACAAUCCUCCGGCUAUGGACUAUAUGGUCCGGAAACUCGCAACGACGUAUCCUGGAAUGAGCUUUCGUGUCGUCGUAGGGAUGUCUUCUGACAAAAAUCUGAAGUUGUGUGGGCAGUCGAUAUUACAAGCUGUGCAAUGUGACGCGACAAAGAUCCACCUGGUCGAGGCCGCACACCCCCGAGCUGCGACGUUGAAGGCAAUUCUGGAAGCAACCGGUCUAACAGAUGCCCACUUUGAUACGAACGACUCAUCUCCGACCAAACAGAUAAAGGAGGCGAUAAAACUGGCCAGAACUAAUGGAGAAUUGCUGGUUGUUUGUGGUAGCGUUUUUCUCAUGGCAGAAGCCCGCGAGGCAUUGGGAUUCGAAGAGCCGCGAGAUUCGGAGUAUAUUGCUGAGGUUGCUGGUGCAGGUGUCCGCCAUGGUCAAGAAAAUUUUGGAAACACUCCGGAAUCAGCAAUUGUUGUGUAGGUGUUCGUCGUUUGGCGUUUUUCUUCAGUAAUUAUCUUUAGCAAGUAUCUCCUUA